GAUCUGCUGGCGGUUGGAUACGUUGUUGUGUUGUCCUGUUUUUGCUGAAAGUGGGGUCACAUCACCCGUAAAAUUAUCAUCGCCGCAGUGAAGUCAACAUGCACCGUGAAGUAGAGCUGAGCCGUGAACCAGAGAGCCGAGACCCUCCGCCCGGUCUGGGCUUCCGCCUCGAGGCCCACCGUAUUGUCAGCAUCUCGCUAGGCAAGAUCUACCAUUCCAGGGUACAGCGAGGCGGCAUUAAACUGCACAAGAACCUGAUGGUGUCCCUGGUCCUGCGGAGCGCCCAGCAGGUGUACCUGAGCCAGGGAGUCGAGGAGCUGCACCAGGAGUACGCUGCAGCGGGGCAGCCGUUAUACCCAAGCCCGCCGGAGGAAGAAAACAGGGAGCCCCAGACCUGCUUGUGCCUCGCGGGGCAGGUGGAGAGAGAUCCCCGCACAUGCUGCUGCCUGGCUGAGCGCACAGAGGAAGCCCCGGCCCCUGUUACCCCGAGGGGGGUGACUUGCUGUAGAGACUGCCCUACCCAGCACGGCCGUGAGCCCCAGUCAGACCCCUCCAAUUGCAGGAAACGGACAGGGGAGAACCCGCAGGAAGCACCGGCCAUGAAGCGGGCGAGAAGGGAGCAAAGAGAGCAGGAGGUGCCGGAGCCCGGAGAGGAAGCGGAGGAGCAGAUGGAGACGGAGAAUGUAGCCAACCUCAUCAGUAUUUUUGGCACCAGCUUCUCGGGACUUCUCAGUAACAGUAAAGACUCCGUUAACGAGAGCACAGAGGGGGUUGAGCAGGAGGAACUGAACUCUACUACUCCUGCGGGACAGGGCUGCAGUGAGAGGGCGAUUAGCCCAAAUAUUACCUCCUGGAACACGGCCAUUGAGGCCUUCUGAGUGACUCGUACGCCCGUAUUAGGGCGACACAAAACAAUGUUUAUGGAUAAUGUUUUAUAUUAAAGGAUCGUUAUUGCUGGGUUAAGCUGACCUGGAAGCUAAAAGAAUUUGUUGUAUUUGUGUUUUUUCUUUGUCCAACUAAGGGUGGAGAGUACCUCUUAAUGUUAUCACUUAAUUCAUUGGAUAUGGAGUCUUAGAAGAAGCACUUGAAAAAAGAGUGGGUAAUGUUGGGGGAUUUAAAUUAGCCCUGUUCAUUGUUCCAAUUGAUUUUGUCAUUUGAUGUGUAGAUGGUUAUCACUUCCAUUGCAUUUUACAAAGUCACUGCUACUGUUGUUUUCAGGGUUUGAUCUGCUGUGGCAUUCCCCAUAUAUGGUGUUGCAGGUCCCUCUGGCAUUGGUGGUGUUUUAACAUUUCUAUACAUCAUAUUUAUGCCCAAUGAGCCCUAUUCUAAUCUACUAAAAUGUACCUUUUUUCAUUUGGGGUCCCUUCCCUGGCUGCUAUUUUUCAUGUUGCUAUUCAUGUAAACAUUCUUGGCCUUAAAAAGACCCAUAUAUUUAACAUCCCCAAAAGGGUUAACAUGGAUUACAAAUUGAGACUAUAUGUCUGACCCCCCCAGGGUAUUAUACAUCUGGCAGUUUACCCCCCCCCCCCCCCAUAGAAGAAUGUGCACCCAUCCCCCACCACUAUCCUUUGGUCACCACGUGCAAGGGGAGUUCCCCAUAUUUAGAGAGGGGGGAGGGAAAUUCCCAUCUGCUAACGAACCCUCACCCACCCAUUGUGUACUAGGGGCCAGGAGGUUUGUUUCACACAGCCACUCCUUCCGGUUUCAUGUCCUGACUUGAAAUAGCACAUACCAAAUAACUGACAUGGGCACCAAGUGAGAUAUGGCGCACUGCUAGAAUUAAAUUCUUAAACAGCCCCCUUAACCCUUUAGUACCUCCAGACAUGGCUUUGUGUCUUAUAGCCAACGGUUUGCCCAAAUAGACCAUCAUAUGAAUAGUGAAUUCUAGAUAAAAAUCCGCACACCCUAUUUAUUCCAUCACAUUUUCUAGUUAAAUUGGAGUACUGUUAAAUUCUUGGUACCGCCACGUCCACACAUCUCAUCAUGGUUACUAACUAGUAUAAGCAUGAGGAAGUGACUUAUGUAUUUCUGUGUAAUUGUGGGAUGGAGAAAAAAAACCUGUACGUGUAUUGUAUAUGUAUUUCCUGAAAGCUCUGGUCAGACUUGGUGCUUGUGAAUACAUCUAGCUCUGUACAUGAGAAUUCUAAAGACUUGCAGCCUGAGCUCUCUCCUGUCUUUGUUUUAGAAGAUGGGCGGCUUUGGGCGUACAAUUUAAAACAAACUCUUGUUUACAGUAUUUUAUGCACAAUGCUGUAAUUUGGUUUUCUGUAUAAAAUGACGUUUCUACGUGUUUAACACGUAUUAAAUAGUUUGAAAAGUU